UGCCUCAGCCUCCUGAGUAGCUGGGACUACAGAUUUUAAUUUGAUUUGAAAAUGAGUAAGUGCAGAAAGCCACCAGUUCAGCAGCUAGCAAGUCUUGAGACAUUCAGCUCAGAUGUUCUUGCUGACAUUUUUGAACUCUUUGCCAAGAAUUUUUCUUAUGGCAAGCCACUUGAUAAUGAGUGGCAGUUACCAGAUCCCAGUGAGAUUUUCAGCUGUGACCACACAGAAUUUAAUGCCUUUCUUGAUUUGAAGAACUCUCUAAAUGAAGUAAAAAACCUACUGAAUGAUAAGAAAUUGGACGAAUGGCAUGAGCACACUGCUUUCACCAAUAAAGCAGGAAAAAUCAUUUCUCAUGUUAGAAAAUCUGUCAAUGCAGAACUUUGUACUCAAGCUUGGUGUAAGUUCCAUGAGAUUUUGUGUAGCUUUCCAGUUAUUCCAGAGGAAGCUUUUCAGAAUGGAAAACUGAAUUCUCUACACCUUUGUGAAGCUCCUGGAGCUUUUAUAGCUAGUCUCAAUCACUACUUAAAAUCCCAUAGGUUCCCUUGUGAUUGGAGUUGGGUGGCUAAUACUCUGAAUCCCUACCAUGAAGCAAAUGACAAUCUUAUGAUGAUCAUGGAUGACCGGCUUAUUGCAAAUACCUUGCAUUGGUGGUACUUUGGUCCAGAUAACACUGGUGAUAUUAUGACCCUAAAAUACCUGACUGGACUUCAGAAUUUCAUAAGCAGCAUCGCUACUAUUCACUUGGUCACUGCAGAUGGGAGUUUUGAUUGCCAAGGAAACCCAGGUGAACAAGAAGCUUUAGUCUCUUCUUUACAUUACUGUGAAGUUGUCACUGCUCUGACCACUCUUGGAAAUGGUGGCUCUUUUGUUCUGAAGAUGUUUACUUUGUUUGAACAUUGUUCCAUAAACCUGAUGUACCUGCUAAACUGUUCCUUUGACCAAGUCCAUGUUUUCAAACCUGCUACUAGCAAGGCAGGAAACUCAGAAGUCUAUGUGGUAUGUCUUCGCUAUAAGGGAAGAGAGGCCGUCUAUCCUCUGUUAUCUAAAAUGGUGCUGAAUUUUGGGACUGAAAUGACCAGGAAAGCCCUCUUUCCCCAUCAUGUGAUUCCUGAAUCUUUUCUUAAAAGACAUGAAGAAUGCUGUGCAUUCUUCCAUAAAUACCAGCUAGACACUAUUUCUGAGAACAUUCGUCUGUUUGAGUACAUGGAAAAAGAGGAACAAACAAAGCUGAAUAAUUUAAGGGACUGUGCUGUACAAUAUUUCAUGCAAAAAUUCCAACUGAAACCUCUUUCCAGAAAUAAUUGGCUAGUAAAAAAGUCAACUAUUGGUUGUAGUACAAAUACUAAAUGGCUUGGGCAGAGGAACAGAUAUUUUAAAACCUAUAAUGAAAGAAAGAUGCUGGAAACCCUUCCAUGGAAAGAUAAGGUAGCCCAAGGAUACUUCAAUGUUUGGGCAGAAGAUCAUGGUGUAUAUCAUCCUGGGCAAAGUUAUCUUUUAGAAGGGACAGCUUCCAAUCUUGAGUGUCACUUAUGGCAUAUUUUAGAAGGAAAGAAACUGCCAAAGGUAAAAUGUUCCCCCUUCUGUGAUGGUGAAAUUUUAAAGACUCUUAAUGAAGUAAUUGAAAAGUCAUUAGGAGGAGCUUUGAAUUCAGAUUCCAAGUUGAGGCCAAAACAACAAUAUUAUUGUUCUUGUCAUGUUUUCUCUAAAGAACUGAUGUUUUCUGACUUGUUUAGCUUUAUCAAGUGCCUACAAGAUGAACAGAGUGUAGAACCCAGCAACCAAAUAAAGUGCCUGCUUGUGGGUUUGCCAACUUUCUAUGAUAUCAAAAUGCAUAUACCCUUGGAAGUGCAACUUGUGGAAUCAGCUGAACUCGUGACUUUUAGCUGUUCAUUGCUUCAUGAUGGAGACCUAACUUACCAGCAUUUAUUUUUGGACUGCCUUCUACAUUCAUUGCAACAGCUUCAGACAGGAGACGUUCUGAUUUUGCCUAUACUUUCUUGCUUUACAAGAUUUAUGGCUGGUUUGAUCUUUGUACUCCACAGUUGUUUUAGAUUCAUCACAUUUUCUUGUCCCACAUCCUCUGAGCCCCUGAGGACCUGUGCAAUCCUGCUAUGUGUGGGUUAUAAGGACCUUCCAAAUCCAGUUUUCCAGUAUCUGCAGAAUGUGAAUGAACUGUUGAGCACUUUGCUUAACUCUGAGGCGUCCCAGCAGGUUUUACAAUUUGUGCCAAUGGAAGUGCUCCUUAAGGGGGCAUUCCUUGAUUUUUUGUGGGAUUUGAAUGCUGCCAUUGCUAAAAGGCAUUUGCAUUUGAUUAUUCAAGUAGAGAGAGAAGAAAUCAUCAGCAGCCUUCAGUUAUGAAGUUAAACAUGUCCUUUCUGAGAUUCAGCUUCAUAACUUAUUGUUUAUCUAGUAUUUUUACAUCAUUCACAGUCUCAUUAAUUCUGGAAAACCAACAGAUUCUGAUCUCUGGGAUGUAUACAUCCAUAGCAUAGAGUUCAUCCAAGUGGUAGAAUCUAUGCAGUGAUGGUAUUCAACUUCUGAAUAUGAGAUGUGUGUGCGCGCUUGGUGUCGAUCACCCAUGUUACACAUGCAGCUUAGAUGGUCUUAUUUAUCUGCUUAAGAUUUGCACCUGUGUGCCUUCAUUCAGGUAGUUUUUCUAGCUAAUUUCUUCUCAGUGGCUAAUGGUAUUGAUGAAUUGAUAGAGGUCAUUGAUGAAAGGGGAUGAGCCACUCCUCAGUAACACUGGUAUGUUUUAACACUUAAACUGUCAUUUAUGGAUUUCAGGGAAUUCAUCUUGCUAGAUUCUUGAUACGUGCCAUUCAUUGCCCUUAUGCAAUUGACCCAAUUUUAUGGCUCAAGAUGAAACUAGUGCUCUGUUGUAUGAAUCUUUUACUAACCACAACCAUCUGACUGAAAAAGAUGACAGCUUUAAGCCAAAGAUCAUGUUUAAAACCAUGAAAAACUGUUGUGUCUAAUAUAAUCUCAUAUCGUGAAAAAUUUCAUUUAGCAAUGGUAUGAUUUUUAACUUCCAGGAAAUUUGUGAAUGGAAAGAUUUUUUUAGACUUUAAAAUAGUGUUUAUUGUCUCAUAUUGGAGACGUGAAUGUGAUGAACAUAAUGCUAAAGAGAAAUCCUAAUACUUUUGGAAUGAUGGCUCAGCAUUUAAAAAUUUUUAAACUUUACUAAUUUCUUUUUCAGUAUGAAAAUAGCACUUUACUAAAAGGUUAGUCACGAAAUGGUUAUCUUACCAGUUACGUUGAUUUCUUUUAUAUGUAGUUAAUAGUGUAAUGAAUUUUUCUGGGAACUCUAUUAGGUGAAUCUUCAUUACCUUGAAAUUCCACCAAGUGUAGGAUACUUACAUUCUCACUUGUGCAUUUUAGGCAUUUUUGUUAGUUAUAUAAAUAAUAGAUAAAUUCUCUGAUGUAUUCAGUUGAUAAAUAUUAAUCUGAAAAAUUUUCAUGUUCUUUGCUAUUUUGGGUUCCAUUAUAGUUUCAUGAAUAAAGUCAUUAGCAGAGAGAUUUUUGUGUUCAACUCUCUUUUUUAAAGAGAAUCAUGGGGGAAGUUAAAAAUUUAACUUGGAAACAGACCUUUUUUUAAAGGAAGGUUUGAAUGAGAGUUAAUGCCCUUUCAUUUCCUCUGAUUUGCAUUCAUUAAAAUUUAGUCCUUAAUGUUGUAAUAUUUAUGGAAGACCUACUUCAGGAAAGAAAUUAAGUACUUAAGGAGAGUAGAGAGGGGAGUGUGUGGAGGCCUGAAAGUAGAUUUUCGAAAGAAAUAUGAUUUCCUACUGGUGACUGUAUGAAAGCUAUUCCAGGUGUAUGAUGAUGGAAGUAUGAUAGAAAAUUGGUUAACAAGAGAGAAAAAACCACUCCUGGAACACCAUUUUGCUUUUAGUGGUCUUUUUGCCUUGGUAGGCAUGGUUCAGUAUAAUAAAGCCAUUCAUUUUUACUUGUGUUACUUACCCGAUCAGAAUGAAAGCCUAAGUCCAAAUUCUAAUAUUUAAAUUUUCUUUUGAGCCCCUCAAGUAAGUAUUGGAUGUUUAGUUUUUGAACACUUAUCUGUAUUGGAUAUAUAACACUGGAUUAUAUCGCAUACUAGAAUAUGUUUUGAUUUUUAACGUGGCUUUUUGCUACUCAUCUGAUUUAUUAGAUUCACGUUGCUUUCGACAUGAAGUAGGACUUGAGCUACAUAUAGUGACAGGGACCAAUAAUGUGUAGGAAUUUCUCUUUGAGAGAGGACAAAGUACUGUCUCAAAAGAUGAAAAAGGAGAGGACAGAAAGAGGUGAGAGAUGGUUUGUAUCUUUUAUCGAGGUAGUUACUGUUUUUAAAAAUAUUUUUUCCCUACAGGUUUUGAGAUUUUUAAUUCUCAUGCUUUUUGAAGUUUUUAACAGCCAGAAGAGUUAACUUCACAAAUGUAUUUACUAAAAACUUAGCUGAGAAAGAAGUCUUACAAAUUUAUUUUCUUCAGUAUUAAUUUUUG